CCGCUCCGAGCGCUCCCUUCCCGAGCGGAACAAGAUGGCGGCCCCGCGCCGUGCCCAUAAUGCUUCGCGGCCGCCCCAACCCACAGGGCUCCUCUUCCGCACUUGGGCGCGGGGCUGAAGAGGAGCGGUGGCCGUCUCAGCCUCUCCUCCCGUCGGGAGCGCCGGGCGGAUUUUUCCCCUUAUGUGAGCGAAGCAGAGACGGACGGACUGAGGUGCCUUUCCCCUUCCCUCGCCUUCGGAGGACCAUGAGGCGAUUUGGGCUCCGUCCGAGCCCCUAUCGUCUUCCCGCCCUCCUCUUUCUCCUCCUCCGGCUGCUGCUGCUGCCGCCGGGGGUGUUUGGGAUGCCGGAGCAGGGGCCGCGGAGCCGCGCGCCCCUUCCUCCCGCCUCACAGGGAGGCGAGCGCGGACCGCCGAGAUACGAGAGGCUGGACUCUGUUCUCUCAGACUAUGAUAUUGUUUCUGUAUCUAACAUUCAACAGCAUUCAUUAAGAAGAAGAGACCUGCAACCAGAGUCCCAUAUAGAGAGACUCCUAAGUUUUUCAGCAUUGCAUAGGCAUUUUAAAUUGUACUUAACUACAACAGCGGAACACUUUUCGAAAAAUGUUCAAGCACUUGUAGUGGAUGGCCAAGGCAAGGAGAGAGAGUAUCAGAUAAAAUGGCAAGAAUUUUUCACAGGGCAUGUUGUAGGUCAGAGUAAUUCACGGGUGCUAGCACACAUCGGCGAUGAAGACUUCACAGUGCGGAUUAAUACUGAUGAAGAAGAAUACAAUAUUGAGCCUCUGUGGAGGUUUCUCAAUGAUUCACAGGAUGAAAGACUUUUGGUGUACAGAUCAGAAGACAUCAAGGAUUUUUCAAGAUUACAGUCUCCGAAAGUGUGCGGCUAUGUUAAGCUGGAAGAGGAGGAAGGGCUUUUGCUUGGAGGAGUGCAGGAUAACAAAUUAAAUAAAGAGCGUGUCCUUCGGCAGAAAAGAGCUAUGCCAGAUCCCUUGAAGAAUACCUGCAAGAUGCUAGUGGUGGCAGACCAUCGCUUCUUUAAGUAUAUGGGCCGUGAGGAAGAAAGUACGACAAUUAACUACUUAAUUGAAUUAAUAGACAGAGUGGAUGAUAUUUAUCGUAAUACUUCAUGGGAUAAUGCAAACUUCAAAGGAUAUGGCAUACAGAUAGAUCAGAUUAUUGUUCACAGCGAGCCACAAGAGGUUCUCCCUGGGCAAAAGCAUUAUAACAUGGCAAGUAAUUCUCCAUUUGAUGACAAGGAUGCUUGGGAUGUGAAGCAGCUGCUGGAGCAGUUUAGCUUUGAUAUAGCUGAGAAAGCAGCUAAAGUGUGCCUUGCUCAUCUCUUCACAUAUCAAGAUUUUGAUAUGGGUACUCUUGGACUGGCUUAUGUUGGAUCUCAGAGACCAAACAGUCAUGGUGGCAUCUGUCCAAAGGCGUAUUCUAAUUCAGCAGCUGGAAAGGAUAUCUACCUCAACAGCGGUUUGACCAGCACAAAAAACUAUGGCAAAACUAUCCUUACCAAGGAAGCUGACUUAGUUACGACUCAUGAAUUGGGACACAAUUUUGGGGCUGAACAUGACCCAGAUGGUAUGCCAGAAUGUGCUCCCACCGAAGAUCAAGGAGGCAAAUAUGUUAUGUACCCAAUCGCUGUGAGUGGGGACCAUGAAAACAACAAGAUGUUUUCAAACUGCAGCAAAGUAUCCAUACUUCGGACAAUUGAGACCAGGGCCCCAGAGUGCUUCAAAGAGCGUAGCAACAAAGUAUGUGGCAACUCCAGAGUAGAUGACGAUGAAGAAUGUGAUCCUGGACUCUUGCGUCUCUAUGAUGAUCCUUGCUGUACAUCAGAGUGCAUGCUAAAAAAGAAUGCAACAUGCAGUGACAGGAAUAGUCCUUGCUGUAAAGGUUGCCAGUUUGAAAGCGCACAGAAGAAGUGUCAGGAAGCCAUCAAUGCGACUUGUAAAGGAGAGUCCUAUUGCACAGGGAACAGCAGUGACUGUCCUCCCCCUGGGAAUGCUCCAGACGGCACCAUCUGCGUGGAUUUGGGCAUGUGCAAAGAUGGGGAAUGUGUGCCUUUCUGUGAGAGGGAGAAGAAGCAGAAGCUGCGUUCCUGUGCCUGUAAUGAAACAGAUGAUUCCUGUAAGGUCUGCUGUCGAGAUGGAAAUGGGAGAUGCAGCCCUUAUCUUGAUGCCAACCAGAACCCCUUAUAUUUGAGAAAAGGAAAGCCAUGCACUGUGGGAUUCUGUGACAUGAAUGGUAAAUGUGAGAAGCGUGUGCAGGAUGUGAUUGAGCGACUCUGGGUUUUCAUUGAUCAGUUGAGCAUCAAUACAUUUGGAAAAUUUUUAGCAGACAACAUAGUAGGAUCUGUGCUUGUAUUCUCCUUACUAUUCUGGAUUCCUUUAAGUAUUCUUGUACAUUGUGUGGAUAAGAAACUGGACAGGCAAUAUGAAGAGAACACGAAAUCCCUGUUUGGUCCCAGUAAUGCCGAGAUGUUGAGCAGCAUGGAUUCCGCCUCUGUGCGCAUCAUUAAGCCCCCUCCUGCUGUGCCAUCUACAAGUCGGCAUCAGCCCCUGCAGCCUGUUGCACCAGUGCCUGCCACAGUAGUGGCUCCAAAACUAGACCACCAAAGAAUGGACACUAUCCAAGAGGAUCCAAGUACGGAUUCCCAUGUUGAGGAGGAAGAUCCUUUUGAAAAGGACCCUUUUCCAAAUAACAGUACAACUGCCAAGUCUUUUGAAGAUCUUACAGAUCAUCCUGUCACAAGGAGUGAGAAAGCUUCAUCCUUCAAAUUGCAACGCCAGCGUAGAGUGGACAGCAAGGAAACAGAAUGCUAGUCUCUCACUGUCUUCUGAGCUGUUGACCUUGUAGUGCAAAAGUCCUGUUCGGCUUGUCAGCAUAAGCCAUUGCACUACAGAAACAUGCAUCUCUACAUUUAUGUAUAUAUGCGUGUAUUUUGAAAUGGAACAGGGAAGUGAACUCUUGCAGAUGCUGGCCCUAGGUAAGAUCUUCCUUGGUUUCAGUAUGAGUGCUCCUUAGAAACACAGAACCAAGUAAAGUAUCAGGUAUAUCAAAACUUUUGGAAUCUGCUCCAUAGUAUUGAUACCAACAUUUCUUUCCUUCCUUCAGCCUAUGGUGUAGAAACAUAAUCUGCCUAAGAUGUGUAUCUAUCUGGCUAUAUUUAUAAAGUGCCUUCUUCUAGUUGAACAGCACUGAUAAGAAACUCAAAUGUACUACCCAUUCAGAAGUCCAGUUUAAAACACACUAUUUCAAACAUGAGUAAAAUGAGGUGAAUUUUUUUUUACAGAAUGGAGAUUUAUAAAGGGUGAAGCAGUUUGUGCCAUAUCUAAAGCAAGUAAAACAGCAGUGAUCCACUAAAAUAUGCACCUCUAAAUUUGAUGUUUCCAGAAUAAUUUCAAUUAAGAUUUUGAAUUAUGUAGUGUUUCACCACAAUCCAGUAGAAGAGACUGAGGCAUCCUUCAGUUCUAUUGACUAUUUUAAAGGAUGAUUUGAGUGUGAACAACAUUGUGCUCCAUAGUGGCCUUUUUUACAUAAGGAAGUUAUUUGGAAAAGUGUCUUGUAAUUUCACACGCUACGUGGACAAGAGAAUAAACAGAAGCCUGUAUGCCAGUAUGUAAGAGAUGAAAAUAGUGAUGCUGAGCACACACACACACUUUCAUGCCAUAUAAAUCUUGUGACUAAAAGGUGUUUUUUUUUUUUGAAAGAUUUUAAAUGUGCAUUGUGUAAGGCAUCUGCUCUUUGAGCUGGUCAACUUAGCUUUGCAUUGUGAUUGUUUCAGAGGAAAAUACAACUCGGAUUACAUGUUCUAGCCUCUAAUGUGGUGAGGAAUGAGGCACUAAGAGCCUAGUUUGUAGGAAGAAUCCUGACCUCACAAGCAGGGACUCCUGUGUGCCUUUUGCUGCCUUCCUUCUGUCCUACCACUUUCUCUUAGGAUGGAGGGGAAUGAGUUGAGAGAGGACAAAUCCUUUUCAUCCUGCAAUCUGGGUAGGAAGAAAUACGGUCUAUUGGUCAGGGCCCACAAUUAGCAACACGUGGACCGUAAGAGGAUGGUUUGCUAUUCUGUGUGUAAUUGUGUCCAAGAAGUUUGCUCUGCAUAAACUGUAGGCGUUUAAUAGCUGUGUCUAAUGUAAACUAAAAUGUAAAAGCACACACCAUUAAUUAUGAAAGACUUGUAUUCUUUCAUAUUUGGAGUUAGCCAAACCUGUGACAAAUGUGCAUUUCUCAUGGAUGCUUGUUACACUAAUACUUGAACCUGUGCCUUUCGGUAUUUGUAUCUAUAUUCUGAUAAUUUUUAGAUUUCAUACAUAGAAGUAAACCUGAUAUGAGGAGUGAAAGCUCCCACUACAAUGUAAUAAAAAGAUUUUUUAUAUAUGCAA